UUGAAAUUCCAAUUAUAACCCUUCCCUUUCUUGCUCUUCAGCUCAAUAGCUGCAGCCUGCAAGCCAGAAUCGAAGAGAAGACGAACAGAGAAAAAUGUCUGCAAUUUUUAGGUACAACAAAACAAAGCUCUGCCACCAUUUCACUUUUAAAAUUACCUUUCUCUCCUUCACUUCUUCCAAAUUCUCCUCCAACUCCUCUUCCCUCACACCUCCUCUGAAACUCCCCUUCUUCUCAACCCCUAGCCGCCAGCAUCUCCCUCCUCCGUCCACGAUGCGGGUGAUAGGGUUAGGGUUAGGGUUUCAGCGGAGGUGCAAAUGGGAAGGGAGUUCCGACAACUACGACCAUGUAAAAGCGGAGGUGAACUGCCCGCGCUGCUCUAAGCCCAUGGCCGUGCUCUUCUCCAAUCGACCUUUAUCGAUCACCGCCGGCGAGACCGGAAUUUAUCAGGCGGUUAAUUUGUGCCCUCAUUGCCGCACUGCGUUCUAUUUCCGGCCUUCCAAGUUGGAGCCCUUGCAGGGGAAUUUCAUUGAGAUUGGGCAGGUUAAGGGCGGGGUAGGGGAGAGGGAAAAUAACGGUAACACGGCCGCUGGCAGCGAGAAUGGAAAAACUGCGGGAAAGAUUUGGGAGAAGUUGAGGACUUACAGUGGUAAUAAUAGUAGCAGUGAUGUUGGGGAAAGUAGUAGUACUAGUGAUAGUUGUAGUAGUAGCAGUAGUAGUGAGACUGAGGUGGAGGAGAGUAUGGAGGGGUCUGUCGGUGAGUGGACUGGGUUAAAUGUGGUGAAGAAGUUGCCAACUCCGAAAGAGAUAUGUAAAGGGCUUGAUGAGUUUGUAGUUGGGCAAGAGAGAGCCAAGAAGGUGCUGUCUGUGGCAGUUUACAAUCACUACAAAAGAAUAUAUGAUGCCUCCUCAACCCAAACGGCAGGUGGAGAAUCAGGCAAAACUGUAGAUGAACAAGGAAACUUUGAAAGUGAUUUUGUUGAGUUGGAUAAGAGCAACGUGUUAUUGAUGGGUCCAACUGGCUCGGGCAAGACGUUACUUGCAAAGACACUAGCUCGUCUCGUAAAUGUUCCUUUUGUCAUUGCAGAUGCAACAACAUUGACACAGGCAGGUUAUGUUGGAGAGGAUGUGGAAUCAAUAUUGUUUAAAUUACUCAUGGCUGCAGACUUUGAUGUAGAAGCAGCUGAGCAUGGAAUUGUGUAUAUUGAUGAAGUUGAUAAGAUAACUAAGAAGGCUGAGAGCUUAAACAUCGGCAGAGAUGUAAGUGGGGAGGGUGUUCAACAGGGUCUGCUUAAAAUGCUGGAAGGAACUGUUGUAAAUGUACCUGAUAAUAGAGCACGGAAACAUUCUCGUGGUGACAGUAUUCAGAUAGAUACAAAAAAUAUCCUUUUUAUUUGCGGUGGAGCUUUUAUUGGACUGGAAAAGACAAUUUCAGAGAGGCGACAAGACUCUUCAAUUGGGUUUGGAGCUCCAGUUCGUACAAAUAUGAGCCUUAGUGCACUUACAAAUGCUGUAGUGGCAUCAUCAUUGUUGGAAUCUGUAGAAAGUAAUGAUCUCACUGCAUAUGGCCUCAUUCCUGAGUUUGUUGGACGAUUUCCAAUUUUUGUUAGUUUAUCUGCUCUAGAUGAAAACCAACUUGUUCAGGUUCUUAUGAAGCCCAAAAAUGCUCUUUGCAAACAGUACAAGAGAAUGUUUGCUUUGAAUAAUGUCAAGCUUCAUUUUACUGAUAAUGCAUUGAAAAUGAUUGCGAAGAAAGCGAUAGCAAAAAGCACUGGUGCACGUGGUUUAAGAUCUAUCUUAGAAAGUAUUCUGACUGAAGCCAUGUUUGAGGUUCCAGAUGCCAGACCAGGAAAUGAUGGUGUUGAUAUGGUCUUGGUUGAUGAAGAGGCUGUGGGAUCACUUGACACUCCUGGGUGUGGAGCAAAAAUUCUUCAUGGAAAUGCUGGGUCGGAGAGACUUUCUUCAGCGAUGACAUCAACCGAUAAAGCAGAAAAGAAUGAAGAACCGCUGAAGGGAGACAUGGAUGGAGACUGUGAGGUUGCAUCAAGAGCCUUGAGCUUGUAAUUUUUAUUUUUGAAUUUUUUGUACAUAAAGAGAAGAAUUGUAAAAGAGAAAUAUAAGCAUCAACCUCUUGUUUUACAAGGAAAUAAGGAAGAGAAGGCCUUUGUGAAAAUUUGAUAUCACAGGCAUACAUA